AUGCCAUCGCAGCGUCAGCUCAGUGCCGAAGAUGCAGCAGUGAACUUGGAAAGGCGCAGCACCGAGCAGCUCCUCAAGGCACAGAAGGGGGAAAUCAAGCAGGUGAUGGACUUGCGGCCGCAGGUGGUGCAGCAUCUGCUGAGCAAGUUGGAUGCUCUCGGCAUGCGACUGAAAGAUCUGAAGGACAAGGAGGCCGACGAGCUACCGGCUUCGUUGCAAAACCAAGCUGUGAAGGACAAGAAAGCCAAAAGCAGCCAAGCCAAGAGGAACACGACGACAGCAACUGAAGGCGAUGAGGCGGAUUCGCCGUACCAUCGCUUGGAUGCCUCCUCCGUCUCGUUUCUGAUGGGCUUGAUCGAAGCGCUGGAGCCUCAAUCCCUUUCAGGCCCGAAUCUUCGUCGCAUGCUGGUUCGAGGCAAAGCUUCUGAGAACAAGGAGCUCAUGGUGCGCAUCGUGGAAAUCCUUACCGGCUGUCCCUUCGACCUUGCCUUCGCGGGGAAGCUUGCCAAGUUGAAGGGCCUGAAAGAGUACAUGAUGGGCAUGUAUCUUCGUCGCGGUCGUCGUGGUCGCGAUUUGUGUUUGCCACCAGUGUGGGAGCGGGACGGCCUCUACUUGCUUGUGGGGCUGACGGACUCCGGACUCGAGGUCAAGCACCGCUUCUUGCAGAAGAGCGCUGUGGUGAACAUCGAAGACUUGCCCUCGAACAACGGCGUCGAGGACUUUCGCAUUCACAGGAACUGGUCGGAGCAGGGCGCGUGCGUUGCCUUGUCUGCAGAUGCAGAUGGCAGUGGCGUCAAGAUCAUGCUGCAUGCUUACUUCCCAAACCAGGAGACCUCGUUGGCUCUGCAGAAUGGCUCUCCUUCAGCUGCCUCGCCUCCGUCGAGGCGGCCCUUGGCUUUGGAGGAUGGCAAUGUGGUGGCCAAAGCAGAUGGCAUUGCGGAGAUCUUCGUGACACCCAAGAAGGCGAAGAUCGACACUUCGCGCAGCUCACCGGCAACUACAUCUCCAGGUGAUGGCUCAGACGGCGCUUCCACGACAUCCGCAAGAGACAUGCCGGACUUGUUUGAGGAGGCGGCCGAGAAGCGUGAAAGCGAAGUGGACUCCUACAACGAAGCCGACAUGAUGCCUCCAUUACUUCCGGCCUGUGGUUUUGAUCUUGCCAAGAAACCUUUGCACCAACGUAUAAACGCCCAGCGACCUGACUGGCAGCAGCGUUUUGAGCAUUUUCUGCUAGAUUGGAAAGAUCAUUUUGGAGAGAGUGCAAAUGCCGCACUGCACAAGAGACAGCGCUUGGAUGAUGUGGAUGUGGCAUCGCUUGAACAAGAGUACUGGGUAAGUACGGCUGGCAUGUUUGUCAUCCUGCUUCACUGGUGCGAGAAUCGCAAAAGCAAAGAAGACAAGGAACGCAGUUCUCUUGUCAUGCGAUUGGUUCUGGAGAAAUGUGUGCGUGCACAGACAAACCUGGGCAUGUUGGAGAUUCCGGCAGAGAUUGCGCAGAUGUGUUCCGCAGAGCCGCUUGAGGCUGAACGUUGCGCCUGUGUGAGACGGUUUCUGGCCCAGGGUGCCGCGGAUGAAGUUGCGUGGCACGAAAACGUCUGGCGCAAGUUGCAGGAACUUUUUGUUGCUCGGAAAUGCGCAGCUCUGGCUACUCACAUGUCCGACGUGUUGAAGGUGCUCCGUCUGGCUGUCGACGAAAGGGCUACGGAAUGGGGCGAGCAUGCGUGGCAAAAAGGCGUUCAUGCAGCAGUCCCUGGUCCUUCAAGACGUCGGCGGAUUGAUCCUCAUGUGAAAGCUUGGGUUGUGCAAGAAGCUGUGCAAGAGGGGCAGCAGCAGUCCAGCAGUGCUGCAGCCAAUGCCUUGGAACCUGGUGUAGGUGCUGGCCAACGACAGUGGCGAGAGAAAGAAAUGUCCUGCGUGAGAGCCGCCAUGCAUCUGAGCUUCGCCAACCCGCAGUCGCUGAGCUUAUGCUGGGAUGGCAUGCGUUUGGGCAAUCCUGCCAAAGAGUACCUCCUGGCGGCUGUAAGUGGUCCUGGGAAUGUGCACGCAGUUCUUCCACCUCAGGAGUGCAAAGCUUUCGCUGCUGCGUAUCCGGGCUCCGCAGAUGCUGCAGAAGCCUCCGGACAAAGGGCUGCUUUUCAGAACGACAUCUUGGCCAAGAUGUCCAAGCUUUUUUCCGAGGAAGCGGUUGCUGGACGUGAGGGCGCUAAUGCCGUCGAAGAUACGGCAGAGGCUGCAGUUUUUGAGCGGAUGCCAAAUCUUCAUUGGCUCCGCUCAUUGGACAAUGCUUUUCGCAAAGGUUUGGGCGUUGGGUUGUCGCAGUGGAUGCCAGAGCGCCGACUGCAAAGCUUGUGCGUUGGCGAGAAACGCUACCUGGCAGAAGUGCAGUCUGCAGUGGGGCCACCUAGCAAGAGAAGCUGCAUCGAAGAUGCCAGCGGCCGCAGAUACUUUGAAUGUCCAAGGCAAGUCGUCCAGAAGAAGCUGCAAAGACCAGUGCUUCAUAUGGUUUGCGACUUAGCACCCAUUGGUUGGCCAGCAGCCAAUUUUCUGGUGCAGUGCUUAGGCUUGAGAGGAACACUGGUUUUCGAUCUGCUUCACCGACGUGUUUGCGACAUAGAUGAUGGCAGAGCAGAGGCCGGGCUCCGUAUGCUCAAGACCGAGUACAACGUGGUCUUGAAGAUGCGACAAGGACCGUACCAGCAAUCCGGCCAUCACAGUGUUUUGAGAGACAGUGCAGCGGAGAUGUUCCGGGAAACAACUGCGGACAACAAUCUGUUGUUCGCAGUGCUCAGCGAUUCCAUUGCUGCUGAUUUCCAGAUGCAGAGCCAGACUCAGGCCACGGAGGAGCACACAGAGCUGGUCUGGAGGGCAGCUAAGCAGCUCCUCACGAAAGACUGCAAAGGCACAAACACGAAGACUUCAAGAUGGUUCAACUUCGAGCAGAACAGUCGAGCCUUUUUCCCUCAGCUUCAUGCCAACCUGCUGAACCUGUUGUAUGUGGGGACAAGACGAAACUGGUGGAAGGGGUACUCAGACUGCCCACUCAAUGCUGCGGAUCUGGAGCAGUGCCCUGAAACCCAGGAGGAAGCAGAGGUCCGAGGAGAUGGUUUGGAAGCUUUGGAGCGCCCGGCAGAGGAAGCGGAUGCUGCAGCUCUGGAUGCAGGCCCCUCGUCAAGCAGAGUUUCCACCUCGGAAGCCAAAAAGGUUCUGCAGCAGAAGCGUUCCAAGUGCGUGAACACGCUGCAUUUCAGCGCGACCCGAUUGUCCAAGCCUCUCAACAUACGACUGUGGAAAGGCAUGGUCGACUUACCGCAACCACUGGAGGUGGAGUUUCACAAAUGGAUGUCUGCUUUGAAGACAAGGCAGGGCACACAGGCGUUGAUGCUCAGUCUUGCAGAGGGCGGUGACACAAAGAUCUUGCGACAAGUUUUUGAGCAGCUGUUCAGUCCAGAGUACGCCGACAAGCUUGGUUUCUCGGCAGAAGCAAAGAACGCCUGCGAGCUUGAGGCGGACCAGACGGUGGCCAGGUGCAUGUGGAAGUUUGCCUAUUCGACCGUUGGUUCGUGCGCGUGCACAGAUUGCUUUUUCCAAGUCCCUCCACAAAAGUUUUUGGGCUUGGCAGCCAUAGAUGCCGAGCAGAGGCAGUCCACCAUGACUGUCUUGAAGCAGUUUUGGGAAGCUUUGCAACAGCUGGAAGCACGUGCUCUAGAUGACAUGGCUGCCAAGCGUUUCGUCGACAAUCUGUUGUGGCCGUCACAGCAGUGGUCGCGGGAAGUUUUUGUGCAGCUGCUGGAGAAGGAUUUCCUCGCAGCAAACGAUGACAUCCACUGCGAGGUGGAGGCGUACAGCAAAGGGCAUUGGUCUACAUUGCUCAUUGAGAACUUGGGCAACAGAUGCAGGAAAGUCAGCAAAGGGGAAACUCCAUCUGGUUCCCUGGGGCCGAAAAGCAUCUGGCACGAGUGCGUUUUAGGGAGCACGACGUGCGAAGACCAUGACCGCAAGCCUGUCGCAGUGAGCACUGCUGCACGAGUAGCUGCUUCCGGAAAGUUGCCUUUGCCUGUUUUCCAAGACAAAGAUCCUGAAUGCAGCCUCAGUUCCGAAGAUCUCCGCAAGCUCACUGCUUCUCCGGCCACUUGGCCGACACCCAACCCUGCAAACCUGAAGCUUAGCAGCUUGGCUUCGUUGUUGCUGAAAGAGACGGGUGGUGAUUGGUCACGGAUUUCCAAAGCAUGGAAAUCGUUGCUGUUAAUACCUGGCACUCUCGUCAAGAAGGUUGCAGACCCGAGAACUUCAGUAGUCCUUCUGUGUAGCUGCUUUGGGGCCUUGGUUUGGGAUGUUUCCAUGAAAAAAGAAGGAAGGCGUCACGUUCUUGAUUUUGGAGACACAGGCCAGCAAUCAUUGAAGUUUGUUUUCGUGGAAGAUGAGAUGUCUUGGAGCGCGGUUCCCUUGAAGGUCCUUACACCAUGUUCCUCAGCAGUCAACAGCGACACAAUCGACCUUGGCAAGCUGGCGGUUGGCCCAGCGCAGCCUAAAUCUGUGAAGUUGUUGCUGCACAACGCAAGUCGUGGAUUUCCGAAUUUGCGUGUUGAAGAGCUCCGAAAACUGCACACGAGCCUCGAGGUGCCUUUUGAGAAAGGGCACAAACCAAGAACAGAAGUGCAGCUUGUCACGGCUUUGCUGCAGCACGUGCAGCCAGGCAUCACGUCUAACGAACUGGAGACUGCAUUGCUCGGCAGGGGCAAACAGCAGACUCCUCAAGAGUUUGUGAAGGCUUCGCCGGUUAUGCAGAACGAAGAUCUCUUCGACAUAGCUCUGGAAGACGAAGAUAGUGAUUUGCAAGAGGAGCAGCGGAAGCUGAAGCAACAGGCGCUGAAGCAGCAGGAAGCAUCGCUUCGGAAGCGAGCGGAACUGCGAUCCCAGCUGAACCCCGAUUCCACUCGUGGCUCCAGCAGUGCUUCGGCCAUGCCGCCGCGGCAGCCACAACGGCCGCGGCAAAAUGCUGCGGUGCAAUCAGGCCUCUAUGAUGUUGAAAGUGCUCGCAAGUGGGCGCCCCCGCAGUGCACCCUUACGAAGGAGAUGAACUGGCACACACGGUGGCGCGUCGAAGCUCCAUAUCUCGGUGGCAUCAAAAGCAAAAGUUUUAAGAAAGACGGGCCUAUCAAGGAUUGGGAUGCUUUAGUCUGGGUGCUUACUGUGGCCUGGCCGCUGUUUGCUCUGCGGGAGGUGCAGGUGCUGCCUUUGGUUCUGGUGAGGCAGUUUGGGAAGCUGUCCCGAAUGGUGCUCUCCCCGACAGCGGCCCUCUCGGCGGUGGCCCACCCGCCCCGCCCGCCCGUGGCUCUCCGGGUGCUUGGGGCUUUGGGGAUGUCACUGCUUGUGGCCGAAGGCUGGAGCGAGCCCCCUGCAUGGGAUGAACUCGCGCGCGGGGCCGCACCGCGCGCGGCGGAGGCUGAUGCGGACAUCGAGCUCGGAGAAUGGAGACAUGGAUGGCAGCGCCAUGCGUCGCGUACUCGCAACCUUUUCUUCCGCGACCACGUGCUGUUGCCCUCCUUGCCUCCGGCCUACCGUGCGAUGCUGCGCUCGCAGGGGUGGGUGAUCCGACGCAGAGAUCUCUCUGUUGGAGACCUCUUCUACAUGGAGGGGCGAGAGUUCCUCUUGCACUUCUCCAAAAGGUUGCUGAGGCUCUCGAAGCUCAAGAAGCAACUCGCCUCUCAGAGGAAGAGUGAGAAAGCGAGGGACGCUGUCUCUGACCGCUUUCGCCUCACCUACGAAGCUCGGCAGCUCGUCCUGGGCUACAACUCUGAUGGCGAGUCGACAGGCCCACUUCCUGGGAACACGAUCCAGACUCUGAUCGCUCCCAAAAUGACGGCCUCUCUCCAACUGAUGGCUGACUUCAGUCGGCGGUUCAAGUCUCUGUGCCGCAGCACCAUGGCGCAGAAGAGGUCUCAGGGUCAGAAGGCUGUCAGAGAUGCUGGCAAGAGCUCCAUCUGGACGGCCUCUAUCGAGGACAUCGCCGAGACCAACCAUCAUCUCUUCGAACUCUUGGACUGGGAUGACUUCUUCUGCGAUGUGGAGUCUCUGCCACCCACUCUGCGCUGGGUUGCCUCUUCAGAUGAGCUUACGGUUCUGCGGAGUGUGGUGGGCUUGUCGGUAUCCGAACAGCUGGUGGGCUCAAUAGGGGAAAUUGUAGAUGGAUGCAGGCAGCUUGUCGCACAGGACGGCAUGGCCAGUGAAGAAGGGCUACCGACCUCUAGUGACGUGGCACCUUCAACAUCCAAGUCAAGAUCGAUACAAGAUAUCGUGUCGGUAGUUGUGGAUAGCGUUUGGCAGUAUGUUCACGUGGGAACGGCUGCCUUCCUUUUCUACGAAGACCGCUUGCUGUGCCUCUACAGCUUGGUCGGUUUCGCGAGUCUGUGUUGUGGCGUUUUAGCAGCAUCACGUUCUGCGGGCGUGGUUCCUGUGAUGGGCGAGGAGUUGUGGAGGAUUGCAAUCCCCGCAUCCGCGAUAAUUUCGGUUACCACAUCGUUGGGAUGUCGAAUUGCGGGAUGGGUGUCAGCAAAAGCCACAUGUUGCUUGUGUGUGCUGCUGCCACCUGCAAUCGUCGGCUUGACAACCGUCACAGUCCGGAAUGACAAGACCGCGCUUGUGAGCUGUUUCGGCAACUGCGAGGUGAUGAAGCCGCCCGCACCGGAUGAAGCACUGACCAUUUGUCGCUUGCAAUCAGCUUGGUUUCAGCUGCUUGUUUGCGUGGGUGCAUUUCGGUUUCGACAGCGAGAGCCAGACAUGUUCCAACACUGGGAUGCCACUGUGGUGAGGUCGGAUAUGACAUGGCAGACCCGUCCUGGGAAGGAAGAGUUGCGGGACAGUUUGGUCCCUGCCACAAGGUCGUAUCCCACAGGCUGCGACAAGAUGCGGCCCGCAUUCUAUUCACAGCCGAGGUGUAGCCACUUCAGGCCUGCCGAGACGGAUGCCGACAAACCGGAGGUGCCGGGAAUGCUUCGUCGCCCAAGCAGGUUGGGCAGCAUCGCAGACGUUGCGCCCUGCUUCGUGCCAGAACCGGAGAUCGCCAAGGGUUCAGAGAGAUUCUCGGAAUUUGGUCUUGUGGCCCCGCCAAUUGACUGCCAAUGCUGUCACCCUGCAGAGGUAGCGGCUGAGGUUGAGACGGCCUCCCACUCCCACAUCGAUCCAGCCAUCGUUUUGCGGCUGGUGGGGGACUUGCAGGAGGUGAUUGAUUCAGGAGACGACGACUUGCCCGCAGCAAUGGAGCGAACCUUUGGACCAGAUGGCAUCACUGCCAUGUUCGGACGCAGAUCUGCAGAGGGCAUCACUCGGCUACGCUGCAGUGGCUUCAACCAUGUCCUCAUGUUGUCAUUGGGCGGCAAGUUGGUGAAGUGCAUCAGGCCGCAUGGAGGAGCAGGAGGACAGUUCAGCGAAGUGUUGGAGGCAGACAGGUUGACCCGGUCGUCACCAAGCCUCGCUAAGGAUCCCCAGGUCUUGUUUCCGGAGGCUUUCUUCCUCUGCCAAGACACAGCUUCGGCGUUCAUAUGCGAGGUUCUCGUGUUUGAGUACCUCCCAAGAUGCCAGUCUGUCGCAGACGUGUGGAGCAAGUUCGAGCGGACCCAUCCAUGUGGAUUGCGGCAUCAAGCAUCUCCUUGCCCUGUUCACCGUGCCGAGCACAGUGAGGUCGGUCCUGUAAGGUGCGAGCACGCCAAAGCUUUACGAAGCCUGGUGCGGCAAGCAGCACUUCUUGGCAGACGUUUCCAAGCACUCCAUGGUCGUCGACACGGCGAUUUCAAGGCAGACAACGUGCUAAUAGAUCAACACGGGCGGCUUCGGCUGGCCGAUUUUCUAAGCCCGUUUUGUGUAUCCUGCGACAGGGGCGAGUUCUGCACAUCAUUGCAGAGUCAGCAUCCUUCAUGCCAGGAGCUUCAGGCCGCCUUCAACCAGGAGUGGCAGGCGGCGUCCAAAAUCUACAGAUGUGAGGACAUGGUGACCGGACAGAACGUCUGGCUGAUGGCCGAACUGGACAAAUUGCAAGAGGCUUUCAGUCAACAGCCCUUGUUCGGGCCACUUCCGGACCUGCUCCAAAGUAUUUCUACCUGGACACCAUCUUCCACUUCGACACAGACUCCAAGCUCGUUCUCCUUCGCAGGCGGAACGGACUGGCCAUCCCCGGCGAGCCAAAGCCAUCAAAGCCCUUCGCCUUCGCCCAUUGCCCAGUCACCAGAGACAGGCACUGGAGGAGUGGUUCCGCCUCACUCCGUGCCUACGGAGCUCUCGCGAAAUCGAGCUGUUCCCGCUCAAGACCUGCAGGCGUGGAAACAAGGACAAGUUUCAUCUCUGGUGUCCCUAUCAAGUUCAGUGUCCUUUACGAUGGCAUCUCCGGCUCGCCAGAUGCUCGCCGAGCCCAACUUGCUGACCCAGGCCAGAAGCCUUCUGGUCCAACCUGGGCCCAAGCGGGAUCACUUGCACUGCAACACGUCUAGUGCCGGCCUUCCGGUGUCCGCGUCUUUCGGGGGGAGCUUUGCAUUGCCACCUGCUCCAGUUGUGCCAGCCGGCGGUGGAUUUCCAGGCAUAGCACCUGCAAGUCCGGCCAUGCAAUUCCCAUGUGUUGCUCAGCAUCUCGCUUCUGCAGCUGGUCCCUCGCCAUUCUUUCCCUUCCAUGAGAGCUGGCCGUCAUUGUCAUGCACAAAGAUUAACCUGUGA